AGCAGGGAUCCGCACUUGACACUUUGCGUUGGUUCGUGGAUGCCGGCGAACUGGGACGUUGGUGCCCAAACCUAAGUAUCUAACAGCGAGUUUUCCUCCUUGGUCUUCCAACGCGGCCUUCGUCCGAUACCUUUGGAUAAGUAACGAUGCUUUUGGUGGGACUCUCAGCGCUGCUUCUCCUGGGCUUGGCCCGGGUGCCUGAAGUAACUGCCCAGACUGCAGGAUCUUGUGCAGCUGACACCUGCGGUGGCCAAGGUACAUGUGUAGACGAUGCUACAACCGGCACCUUUUACGACAGAUCAACAUGUUACUGCAAUGAAGGAUAUUUUGGAAACAACUGUGAAAGCUUUCAAUUUAUUCAAAUUUGUGAUUUCUCCGCCCCUAACGUAGACGAGGCUAACGUAUGGAUUAACGCGACCAACAUAGCACAUCGUACUACUUGUGCGAUCACUGUGAAGCCGCAUGGUGCUGAUGUCAUUCGCGUUGAAGUUUUUAACUUCUCAGUGGAAGAGUCUAAAGACACCGUUGAGGUUGGUCCUGAAUUGCCCGGAAACAAUCCGGAAUACGACCAAGCUUCAAACAAUGGUGCCGGAUACACAGGCGGCUUAUAUAACACGAGUGCUCUAUAUAUUGUCACGCGUACUGACAAGAACAUAGAAAGUUCUUGGGUCUUCAGAAUUUCUUCAGACGGAAAUGACUGCUUGAGUGUAGAAACCCCGUGUGAAAAUGGUGGAACGUGCAUCGACGAAUGGCAAAAUUACACCUGUGUAUGCCCAACCGGUUUUACAGGCCCAUUCUGUGGAGUGGUGGUUGAUGACUGUGAGUCCGGCCCGUGCCAAAACGGAGGAACUUGCAACACAAUUACUACUGGCGGCUACACGUGUACUUGUACAGUCAGUUAUACGGGAGUCCAUUGCGAGACAGGCGUCGUCAUUGUGGACAACACUACACCCGCUGUGUCUAUAAGCACUGUGCGCGAGGGGUUCACUUCUCAGUCAUUAACUUUCAAUUUGGCAUUUUCGCCUGCGUCUACAAACACAUACUCUAUCCUUGGAGGUUCGGGUCUAUGGCAGGUCAACGGUUUCUUCUCCUCGGCUUCGAAUGGGGCGACGGUAGUCGGUGGCAGCGCCCUUCAACUAUCAGCUUCCCAACAGGCUACAAAUUGGAAUCCUCCCUCUACUACAACAAUCUUCUCGAUUGCAGCUAAUUCUGUGCCUGUGCCAUCUAACACCCUCUGUUCUGAUAUGCAAUAUUUCUGCGCUCGACUUGACAGAGGUCCAGCUCCUAAUCCUUUCUACGAACUCUUGGGUGAUCCAGAUCUUACAGCUCUUCGUGGUUGCACAUCUGUAACAUGCAGAGGUGUCGAAAUAAUUGGCUCAAGUCUGACCAUAACAUCAGGAAACCUGAGAGACGGUCUAUCACAGACAGUCACAGCGAAUUUCAAUCUACAAUCUAAUGCUGCCGGUGGGGCUGUUAGCGGUACUGGACUAUGGAGACUUGGAUUCUUCAGCAGUGACACACCAACUAGUACAUCUGGCAACGGGGCUUUGAGCUUUGCGUUUCCACAACCUUAUAAUGUAGGAGUUAAUCCUGGCCAAGAUGCAGAAUUCAAUGGUCUAAGUUUUAACGUAGAUCUGUCUGGACAAUACACCUGUGAUGAUAUCCCAUAUAUCUGCAUCAUUGCUGCUAAAAAUGUCGGUGCAUCACCGGACUUCACCCUUACAACUAUACCCAAUGACGAUGUUCUUACAGCCUGCACAAGUAUCACGUGUACAGGAGUGGAAAUAGCCGACACAUCAGUUAUCAUCACAUCGGGCGACUUGUUGGAAGGAGAGUCUGGACAGACCGUGACCUUCGCCUUCUCGAUGAAUCCAUCGUCAAACUCUGGUGCAGUGAGUGGGACCAAUCUCUGGAGUUUCGUCGCUGUUGGAAGUGAUGGAACGAAUGCUCUGACGCCAAACUACAAUGUGAAUUUGGCAGGACAAGGAGGAGUAAGUGUUAGUCCUGGGUCUACUUCGACAUUUUCGAACUUGAAUUUUGAAGUUGAUCUGUCCGGCAAUGUCAACUGCGACAGCCUACCCUCUAUCUGUGUUACAAUAGCCAAGAGAACCACCUCACCAUUACCAAACCCAGACUUCUCUUUUAGUGGAACUCCUACCGACGACGUCUUGACAUCAUGUGAUACAAUAACGUGCAGAGAUGUUUCAAUUGCAUCAACAACCACAACAGUCCCUGCGGGAGUGAUAAGUGACGGUCUGAACAACAAUGUGCCCGUCUCCAUCACUAUCACUCCCAGUUCCAACAGCGGUACCGCAAUUGGGGAUGGACUCUGGAUGAUAACUGCCUUUGCCAGCGCAAGUGCUGAUGGAAGUGGUACUCGCUUUGACGAAGUAGACAUCGCUCUUACGAAUGCGCAAGCAGGAACAACCCUCUUUUCUAACUCCCAGGCUACGAUCAGUGGACUGGUCUACCCUCUUAAUCUGGCCGAUGGUCCUGAUUGUUCUCAAUUCACACAUAUCUGUACCGAGUUGCAACGGGGGGCUAAUCCACAGCCCUCUUAUACGUUGGCAUCAGGCAGUACUGUAUCUUGCGUUGCGGUUGAUUGCUCUGCUGUGGAGCUUGUUGAAUUAUCUCUGACUGCACCAGCAUAUGUGGUAGAAGGAGAGAACAAUGAUGUUGAUCUGUCAUUCAUGCUUACUUCCUCUGCGGAUAGUAGUGUUGCAAGUGGUGACGGACUCUGGAAGGUGACAGCAUUUGCCAGUUCUAAUGCAGCCGGAAGUGGCUUCAGGUACGAUGAACAAGUCAUUAAUUUGAAUGCAGGCCAAGCAGGCACGACUCUGCAACCUGGAGUAUCGGCUACAAUCAGCGGGCUAGGGUACACCUUGAGCACGAAUAAUGGCCCAACGUGUUCCCAAUUCGGUUAUAUUUGUAUCGAAGUAGAAAAGGGAGACAACCCAAUACCGGACUUUAAUUUGGAACCUACAUCUAUCACCGAUUGUACCGCGGUCGACUGUAGAGGCGUGGAUAUCGGUCAGUUAACAGUCACUUUGGAUACCGCCGAAGUCUUCCAUGGUCAAGCCGACAACAUCAUCAUGGACCUCUUCGCUACGGCCAGCGGCGACUAUGGUAGCAUUUCAGGAGCAAACCUUUGGGGCUUAACAGCAUGGCUUAGCAAUUCCCAGACCGGAAGUGGUACCAGGUAUGAGCUGGACUCCAAUGUUCCAAUAUCUUCUAUGGCAAUCAAUUCUGGCCAAACUACCACAUUCAUGAACGUGGAAUAUUUCGUAGACCUCACAACGUUUCCAACAUGCGACCAAUUCAGUUACGUAUGCGUCGAACUUUCACGGAAUUCUGGAGACUUUGAGCUGACUGGAGACCUCAUGGCUUGUACUCCUGUUACGUGUACAGAUAUCGAUGAGUGUGACAGUGGUCCGUGUCUGAACGGAGGUACUUGCAAUGACAUGGUCAAUGGAUAUACUUGUUCCUGUCGACCAGGAUAUACCGGUGUCUUCUGCCAGACAAAUAUCAACGAGUGUGCCAGUGGCCCUUGUCUUAAUGGUGGAACAUGUUUUGACCGCGUUAACUCGUAUAUGUGUCAAUGUGCUCCUGGAUAUACUGGAACACACUGUGAAAUUGACAUCAACGAAUGCGCUAGUACUCCUUGUCAAAACGGGGCAUUCUGUACAGAUCAGGUCAAUGCUUACUUCUGCACAUGUCUUGCUGGAUAUACCGGACCCUUAUGUUCUAUAAACAUCAAUGAAUGUGCCAGCGGUCCUUGCCAAAACGGAGGUACUUGUUCGGACCAAAUAAAUGGUUACCAAUGUCAGUGUCUUCCUGGAUAUACAGGGACCGAAUGUCAAAUCAAUAUCAACGAAUGCGCUAGUGGGCCUUGUCUGAACGCUGGGACAUGUAUAGAUCAAGUGAAUCAGUACACCUGUACUUGUCAGCCGGGAUAUACUGGAACACACUGUGAAAUCAAUAUCAACGAAUGUGCCAGUGGACCUUGCCAGAACAGUGGAACUUGCGUAGAUCAAGUGAAUCAGUACAUUUGCUUUUGUCUACCAGGAUAUACUGGAACUCAUUGCGAAAUCAAUAUCAACGAGUGUCUCAGUGGUCCUUGUCGAAAUGGAGCUACUUGCAUUGAUGGAAUUAACAUGUAUACCUGCCAAUGUGCCCCUGGAUUUACUGGCACUUUCUGUAGUGUUGACAUCAACGAAUGCGCCAGCAAUCCGUGCUCACAAGGAAGCUGCAUAGACAGGGUUAAUGCAUUUGAGUGCCAAUGUUUCCCUGGGUAUACAGGAACGCUAUGUGAUAUCAAUAUCAACGAAUGCGCUAGUGGACCUUGUGAUAAUGGUGGAACUUGCAUAGAUCAAGUGAAUCAGUACACCUGUAAUUGCGCGGCGGGAUUUACCGGAACAAACUGCGAAAUCAAUAUCAACGAAUGCAUUAGUGGGCCUUGUGAGAAUGGUGGAACCUGCACAGACCAAGUUAAUCAGUACACCUGUAAUUGUGUGCCAGGAUAUACUGGAACUCGAUGUCAAAUCAAUAUCAACGAGUGUGCCAGUGCUCCUUGUCUUAAUGGAGGUUACUGUGUGGAUGGAAUCAACAGCUAUACUUGCCAAUGUGCUGCUGGCUUUACUAGUACUCGCUGUGAAAUAAAUAUCAAUGAGUGUGCCAGUAGUCCUUGUCUGAAUGGAGGUACCUGCCUAGAUGGAGUUAACAUGUUUACAUGCCAGUGUACAUCACAAUGGACAGGAGUCAUAUGCCAGACAACUCUGAAUGCAUGCUUAAGCAGUCCAUGUCAGAAUGGUGGAACAUGCAGGAACUCUGGUACUGACUACAUUUGCGAAUGCCCUCCUGGAUUUGCAGGAACUAACUGUGAAAUUAAUGUUAAUGAGUGCGCCAGCUUACCAUGUCAGAACGGUGGAGAGUGCAAGGAUGGCAUUGCAAUGUAUACGUGCAUUUGCCCAGAAGGAUAUUCCGGAGUAAAUUGCAACUCGGUCGGUUUCUGUAAUCUGGAGGGAGUAUGGUUCAACGAGCUGAAUGAUCAAAUCUCCAUCAGUCUCACGUCUACUGGCAUGUUCCUGGGUGACUACAAGAGCAGCAUCGAGGUUCUGACCGGAUACUAUGCCCCCACUGUUGUCGUUGGAUAUGCAAACCAGAAUUGUGACUUCCCAUCCUUUGGUUUUGUAAUCACCCGGGACAAUGGCAAGUCAACCACUAGCUGGUCUGGACAGUGUCAUUUGUGUGAUGGAGAAGAGGUACUUUACACCACUUGGACUAACACUGAACGUGUCACCACCUGUGCUGCAGUCAAGCGGGCUACGCUGAUUGGCACAGACAAGUGGACUCGUUACCAGCAGAGCACUGCUCCGCGUGAAGAUCUUUGAGGUCUAUAUCUAAUAUAGGUGUUCCUGAUUAAAUGUAGAUACUGAAAUAACUCCUUGAAACUCAAUGAGGUGAUGGGAUAUCAAGUCUUUCAUUUAAAAUGAAAUGUUAUUCAAGUAAUAAGUUUAUGAAAUGGCUCUAAAAAGCUAUAAGAUGCAGGGGAAGUUUAGUGGAGCGGGUAUGGGGCAGGGCAAAUACCCUAUAUUUUCCAAGUGAUUAAAACAAGGGAAAAAACUAAAAAGAAAGGAAAAGGGGAAUGACAGAAAAGAAGAAAAUUUGAAAAUAAAAAAAUUGCCAUAAAGCUGUAUAAUUUAUUCUCAUUGAAGAAAAAGGGGGAUUUACCUUAAAAUCACUUUGCCCCUCCCCCACCGCAUUCCUCGAUCAAAACACCCUGUCAUUGUCCUCCGUAAGAUAAUACAUCUCCCUUUUAUACUAUACUAUGUAAUGUUCUGGAUGUUUUUUAAUGAAAAUAAAUAACAAUCAAAUGAUUUUCACUCUUUAUUUUACUGUAAAAGCAGUCAUCUAGAGCUCAGCCUGCAUCUUAUAUGAUUUAUCCAUAAGAUAGCUUUGUAUGGAAAUGCUAUCACCAUGGUUCAUGAACGAAAUCAAAGAAACAGUUUAAUGAGAUAUAACAUUUCGAGUUGUCCUUUACACUUUUAGACGAAAUACUUUUCCCAAAUAUAUAUUCAUAUGAUGCAUCUUAAUAUUGUAUAUUAUAGUAUAUUAUCCACGAUUUCGAUUUAAAAGUCAUACUAUUCAAGGGAUGAAUAUAAAAGGCCAAACUACUGACCCUUUGGUGCAAAAUUGUAUUAUAUUUUCUUGAUGAUUGUGCUGGAAUGCUCUAAAAUCAUUUGUAGUCAGCCUGGCGCAACUGAUAUUUUUUUCUUCACUGUUAUCUAUUCAGAAUUUAUUAUGUUCUCGUCGAACUGGGCUAGGAAAUAUUAAGAUAUAAUUCAUAAAACAGUUAAAUCUAGCUGAUCCUUUUUUCUAUGCAAUAUCACUAGUUUCAUUUUAGAGUGUAAAUGAUUGGAAUAUGAAGAGGAUUGUUAACAAUUAAAUUUUGUACCGCAAAAUCAACUGAAACCUGAGGUGUGUGCUCCAUUUCAUUUGUUUAGAAAGAUACCACAAAACAUCAAAUCAUUGUAGCCUAGAGUAUAUUUUAGGUUCAUUUUGAUAUUGGCAGUACUAUGACAUUUAUAUAUUUUGUAUAUAAUAUGAAGUCUUUCAAAAUGUGAAUGUUAAAUCGUAAGAUGUAUAAAAGAUACGUGGUGAUUCUUUUACUUUCAUCUGUGCCUUGUGGUAUAUUUUUGUAUUUUCUUUAAGAAAUAAUCUCGUGCAUUUUAUUGUUAGGAGAAAUAUGACGGGAUAAAGUCUUCCAUUAGAAAACCAGCCUUCCAAUUGAAAAACAUGAUUCUUUAAAUAAAAUGUUCGCGCUAUUGAUUUUAACUAAAACAUUGCAUAUAUGUAAAUGUAAUAAUGAUAGUGGAAAGCAAACAAUACCACCUCGAAGUGUAAUAGUAAUCGUUUUUUGAUAAGCACCAAAUACUUUAUGGCGUUCCAUGGUCAAUGGUAAAUUUCGUUUUGGGCAAUGUUUUAAUAAAAAAAAACAAAAUACUA